AUGGCACUUGCACAUGGGCCCAAGUACACAAAGGCUCUGCCAGAAGAGGCUGGUUUGUCAGAUGUGGCUGCAUAUGGUGACUGUGAUUGGUGUGAAUUUCCAAGGAGACUUGAAAGGAGAUUCAACAAAGAAUGUGGAGAAUUGUUUAGUUGUGGGUGUGAAGAGGAUACAUUCACACCACAUGAAGACCCAGUGGCAUGUGAAAGGGAGGUCGCCAAGACCGAACUCAUUUGUACAAACCCGCAAUGCCAGAAAAUUGUGGUGCAAAACCCUUGUAGAAGUGAUCAUUUCAGAACCUGUUAUAUUUUUCAUGGUUGA